UGAUGAAGACUCUAAUUCUGAAACUGAAACAAAUAUAAAUCCAUUAUAUGAGGUUGAAAAUAAAAUUAUUCCUAUUCAAAAUGAAAAAGAAUCAGAAGAUGCUAGUAUUGAUUAUGAAAAUGAUGAGAAUGAUAUUUCUUUAUCAAAUAUUUUUAAUUUACCUCAUCCUGCUAUAGAUAAAAAUGCUAAAUGGAAACUUCAAGAUAUUUUUAUUGAAGAUUUGGAACCAACUAACUAUUUCAAAAUUUUUAUUAAUAAUAAUUAG